GUUCCUGGAUAGCUUGAUGGCGAUGUAGCGCUGUGAGAUCGGAAUUCACUUCAGAUGUAGGCUAUUUCAGGCAAGGAGGUUGCAGAAUGAACCAAAAAGAGAAAUUGACGGAAUAAAGAGUCUAUCAGAGGUGGAUUAAAAUUGGUUCUAGUUCUCAUACUGCUUAUAAUCACAUGCGAGGUCCGUUGUGCCCAUCGUCUCCGCGCCGGCAGUAUUGCGGAGUUGCUGUCAAUGAAAGCUCUCUUCAGCUAUGAUGACAGAUCAGCACCUCCCACUUCUGGAGGCCACACCCAUGUUGGCUGAGGUGCCCUUCCUCCCUCACAUGCUCAGUGGGGACUGCAUGCAGCAGAUGAUCUUUGUGCAGGUGAAUCCAGGAGAGACAUUCACUAUACGCACAGAGGAUGGCCACUUUCAGUGCAUUACAGGCCCAGCGCAGGUGCCCAUGGUCUCUCCUAAUGGCACCAUGCCUCCCAUUUUUGUGCCUCCAGGUUACAUUUCUCAGGUGGUGGAGGAGAACGGCAUGCGGAAAGUGCUAAUUCUACCCCACAGUAUGGAGUUCCACCCUUCUUUGAGUCCUUUCCCACAGUAUGCGCCACUAUACAGCCCACCACACCCGUCCGUGCUGCACCACCCACACAUCUACCCCGCCGAGCUCAGCCCACGCUACAUCCACCAGCUGCCUGCUGUCCCCAUCUACACUGAUCAGGAUGUAAUGUGCCACAAUAUGUCAGUACCUGUUUGUGAGGACCAUUUGGUGAAAGUGCAGGAGGAGAUGCAACAGAUGCUGAAGGGUGGGCAUGGGAGCGGGGCCAGGGCAGCCCCACUCAUCCACAGUGGACCUGGGCCAUUCAGUAAAGGGGGCCAGGUUGCCAUAAACAACGGCCUCGGAAAGAGCCAUGCAGGCUCUGCCCCCUCACCCACACCUCCACAACACUCUGGCCGGACCAGAGCCACACCUCCAACCGACUGUAACAUUAAAGACCCAGAAGAGGAAAUGAGGCGAGUGCAGGAGCUGCUGUCCACCGUAUGCAAACCGGCAGUGAGUGAAGUCACGUCCCACUCAGUGGUCCUGUCCUGGUGCUCACCGCUCACCAAGGAGACAGAAGAGGAUGCGGGCUCGUCCACAUGCGCACACACUGGCUUGCUGCUCAGUUACGAGCUGGCCUUGUCUCAGAGUGGCACAGAGGGAGACUUCACACUUGUGUACCAAGGGAAGGACACUACUUAUACAGUGGAAGACCUCAGAUCUGACACAACCUAUUACGCUAGGGUGUGUGUGGCUUGCAGCCUGGUGAAGGGAGUCUCUUCUGAAACGGUAACUUUCACCACACUGUACGGAGUACCGGACAUCCCCGCCACCCCACGCCUCAUCCAUCGCACCAAGAGCUCCAUAAGCCUUCAGUGGCGGUCGCCCAACGACAAUGGCUCCAAAGUCACUGGGUUUUGCCUGGAAUACCAUGAGGGAGAACAGAGGGCAUUUAAGGAGGUUUACAGUGGCCUUGCCAAGCAGUACAAAGUCAUGAGACUCAUGCCUUCAACAAAAUACGCCUUCCGACUUGCUGCUAAAAACAAUGUAGGAAUGAGUGCCUUUAGUGCUGUUCUGAACUGCUGUACGGCUUCCUGCACUGCCUCUCCGCCUGCCCCGCCAUCUGCCGCUCGGCUCAAGGAGGCAGGAGCAAUGUGGCUGAGUCUGGAGUGGAGCGCCCCUUGUGGACCAGCCAGCCAAGACACACUCUCAUACAUUGUGGAGAUGGAGGAGAUUGGAUCGAGUUGUGGCUUUCAGCUGAAGCACAGAGGAGAGGAGCUGUCUUGCACUGUGAGGGAGCUGAGGAGGUUCACUGCCUAUCGAUUCAGGGUGGUGGCAGCCAACUCAGAAGGCCACAGCCAACCCAGCGUUGCGGUGGAGUACAGGACCCAGGCAGAGAAGCCUGGCAGGCCAGACCCACCAGUCCUGCAUGUCCCUGCUGAGCCACACAGGCUACACACUGUCUGGGAGGCCCCAGAGGAUGAUGGGGGCUCCCCAGUUACUACCUAUGUACUGGAACUUAGUCAUAGUGGAGACAAGUGGGACAUUGUAUAUCGUGGGCCUCUAAGACAAUAUGUAUGUGAGGGCUUGCAGGAAGGAACAUGGUACAGACUGCGAGUGUACUGCCAGAGUCAGGGAGGGAAGAGUCAGGUAUCAGAGAGCCUGUCUGUCAUGACAGCACCUCUGCCUCCUGGACCAUGCCAAGCAUUACACACCACAGGGAGAGCCACGUCCUCAGAGAUUCCACUCUCUUGGGAUCCUCCAGUGUGGGAUGGUGGGGCAGCAGUGUCCCAGUACUGUGUGGAGAUAGCCCAUUCAGCAGAGGGGUCUCAGGAGCAGGUGUUCCAGGGCACAGACGCCCAUUGCACCGUGGGCCAGCUGCUGCCUGGCAGAACCUACCUCUUCUGGGUGAAGGCCUCCAACUCAGCAGGGUGGGGUCCUGCAUCAGAAAUGUGUCAGGCCUGCACCACACCUGGAGUUCCAGAGCAGUGCAAUGCCCCGCAGCUAGUGCUGACCACAUCCACCAGUGUCCUGGCUACCUGGGAGACCCCUGUGUGCAACGGGGCAGAGGUGUGCAUGUUCAGGAUGGCAUGGGGGGUAGAGGAAAGCGCCCUAGAGUUACUGUACUCUGGCCCCUUCUCCCAGCAUGAAGUGCGAGACUUGCAGCCGGCCACGUACUACUACUGCAAAGUGCAGGCAGUCAAUGUUAUUGGGGCAGGCCUCUUCAGUAGGGUUGCCAUUGUAACCACCCCGGCCUCAGUACCAGCUGCUGUGGAGCACAUUGAGGAGGUGGAGGAGGAGCCUCUCGGUGGUGUCAUGGCUGCGACAUCUCUGGCUCUGCAGUGGAAAGAGCCUCAGUGCCACGGGGCAGAUAUUACUGGCUAUAAUAUAGACAUUGGGGAAGAGCUCCCUCUGUGUGUAGGCAGGACCAAUUACCAUAUACUGGAAAAUCUACAGCCAGAUACCACAUACAGGAUACGAGUACAGGCGGUGAAUGACGUGGGGGCCGGCCCCUUCAGCUCCACGCUUAGGCUCCAGACAGCGCCCGCACCCCCGGAGCCGCCGCUGCUGGAGUGUGUGGUGGCAGGACCACAGAGCCUGAAGUUGAAGUGGGGAGAGAGCCCUGGCGGGUCCCAGAGCAGCCGCAGCACGCACUACUGUCUGCAAGUGCAGGCUGCCUCAGACAGGCCGGUGUGCAUCUAUAGCGGCCCCUGCCGCACAUUUAAAGUGCAGAGACUGUGUGAAGCCACAGCAUACUGCUUCAGCAUCCAGGCUCACAGCGAGUCUGGCCCAGGUCCUCUUUCGCCGCCCUACACCUUCAGCACCACCCGCUCACCUCCAUUGCAGCUCAGAGCCCCAAAGUUGGAGUCCGUCGAGGGGAAUAAGCACAUGGUCACGUGGGAGGCGCUUCAGCCAAUGAGAGGAGACCCAAUCGUGUACGCACUACAGCUUCUCAGGGGGCGGGAGAUGGAACAGCUUUACAAGGGCCCAGCGACGUCAUACGCGUGGGUGGGGCAGGCUGGGGGUGGUGCAUGCCAUUUGCGUGUCUGUGCCAUCCGCCAGGCCCAGGACGGCACCGAACUUUGGGGUCCUUGGAGCCUCGUUGUGCCUGUGCCCAUUACUGAGGUGCCCAAUGAAGCCCCACCCCCUGGUGGCUGCCCUCGCCCACACACUGAGAGGGGCUGGCCACUCGCUGACGAGUCCUUCGCCACCGCACUGCUUCUCUGCUUCGUCGUGCUGGCUGUAUUCUUCGCAGUGCUUCUCCAGUACCUGGUCAUCGAGAGGCAGUGAGGGGGAGGGUGGAAGGGGGAGGCAGGAGAGAGGGAGGGGGCGGGGCCUAUCAGGGCAUAACUGGCCUCGUCACGCACGGUCACAAUAACUAGCCCACAUAAACUCUGGUUUGCCAAGACCAUACUGAGAACAAUGACCUUAAUCUGUCAUUAGAAUUUCUGCAUGGAAGAAACAGAUCAUUUAUAUUUGAUGUCAGUAGGUACUUAGUUGUGACACAGAUCUGUUUUCUGUCAUGACCAGGGUAAGAAAAUGGGACUUUAUUGUCUACUGUAUUUGCGUAUAGAUGAUUAAAUGGUUAAUCUGGUGGACAGAUUCUAUAUUUUUAUGAAAUCAGAUAAUCUAUCUUGAUACAGCCCCUAGACAAGGCAAAUUCAAUGUUUUGAUUACCUUGGCUAAAAUUUGUCAUACAGUAGCCUUCACUGAAUGCACAAGGACUUCCUUACUCAUUUGGCAGUUGUGAGAAAAAUCUUAACACCCCCAUUAAUGGUUGCAUUUUGAGUUUAUUGUUAUUUUACAGUAAGUCUUGGUGUUUGAGUGCUUUUUACUGCCUAACAAAAAGAUGAGUCUCUUGCCCGUGUCAAUGGCAAUAUUCUUACUUUUAUCAGUGAAAGCGAAAAGGGAGAUGGUGCCAAAGUUUUCGUAGAUACUGUAUAGAAAAGAGUGCCCUGGUAAAUGACUGGAGUUCAGUGUACUCUGCAGAUAAGAAAUAUUCUCACAUUCUUUAGAAUGCUUUAUAUCAUAACCACAACAUAAAUAAUAUUUCAUAUACAUCAGACAUUGGGAGAGCUAGAUUGUUUUGCUGUCACCAGUGUGUCCUUAUAUGUUAGUAUACAUACAUUCUAGUUAUGUUCAUGUACAAACAAAUAUGUCAGUAUUGGUUGGACAGCCUAUAUGGAUAUGCAUUUGUUAUAAAUGUCUCUCUUUUUAGCUCAAACUGAGCAUGAAUAGUCCCUUUCUGGUCUCAGUGAAGCUUUGGAUUAAGAGUUUUAUUUUAUGAUUUUCUCUCAUGCUUCAUUUUCUCAGUUAGUUGGUAGGGACUUCUCACUGUUGCCUCAACCCUGCUGUCCAGCUUUAGAAAUCUGGGAGGGUGGACACCAGCACACUCCGCCUCCAGCGCCAAGGAAGCCGGCCAUUUGCCCUCGACUGGCAAGAUGGGCAUUUUGAGCAGGGAAAGUGAGCUAAGACAAACAUGCUUGUUGCGUAGUUUAGCAAGGCUGGAUGGGGCAGGAUGUGGCCUUCCUCACCUUUUUCGGAGAAUGUGACUGUUAGCGUUCUUGACGAGCCCUGACCAGGGACUGCAAAGGGCAUAACUGGGAUUUGAGCCUUUAAAAAUAUUCAUAUAUGUAAUUUAACAACGUCCUGACAGAGUAAUCAGUUUUAUUUAGGUCUAACCUUAACACCUUAAUCCAGUACUUUAAAUUCACUUCAGUUUAAAACACUACAUAUGUGCCAUAUAAUAUGACCAUGAAAGUAAUACUGUAGUUUUAAGAAGUUAAGUCUUUGAUGUUCUGAUGCUAGAAGAUACUCUUUUAGCCCAUGAGAUUACAUUGGCCUGCAAUGAUAAAUUUAUGGAAAUUAUGAUCAUUGGACCAGAAUGAGUAAUUGUAAUUGUCAGACUGCCUUAUUUGACAAAUGUUUUAUAUGAUUUCAUAUACUCCCCUUUUAACUCUACAUUGUCCCCAUAGAUAUAGUGCUUAAAAAAAAAUUAACAUUUUAAAUAGAAAAUAGUGCUGGAUGAAAAAGACCCAGAAUGAAGUGCCUCUAUCUGACCAGGGGUCAUAUGUAACAAAUAGGUCACUGUGCGGCUAUAGAAUCUUUGUAUGCCUUUCAACUCUUAUUGACUAUAAUUAAAUACUCUCUUCAAGAUCAGCUCUCAGUCAGCCAAGCUUGGUGAAUUAUGUGGUCAGGCCAACAUUCAACAUCUCCUGCAGGGGGUGCUGGUGUUUCAUUAACCUGUUCCAGUAGCUGUGAAAUGUCCUUAUAUAGCUGCUGAUGUCCUUUAUAGGCCAUAAAGAAAGCUUCUACUCUGUAAGUCCUUCUUUCUGGACUCUGAACUGUGUACUCUUUGUCCUUUGUAUCUGUUUCAUGGUGCAAAGGCCAUUCCAGAGUGGCUUUGUAUUAUUUUAGGUUGAAUGCUGCAACUUCAGGCUUAACCAUUCGUUUGGUUUUUUUUCAUUGUUUUUUUCAUCCUUUUCUCACUGAGCUUUGUAACUAUGGUAUAUUGCUUCACUGUGUCAGCCUCUGUCUUCAGGGUUUCAUAUGACCAAUAUUGCAUUGGGGCAUUCAUAUUUACAUGUAUUGGAUUAUAUUUCAAAUAACUCUAGUUGUAUCUCCUUCAGUAUAACUGACAUAUGAAUGCCUUAUAUUUUGUAGCUAAUAGAAUUCUACUUCAUUCAGAAUGUCUUCUAGAAGUGCUGGUCUACAACACACAUUAUUUCUUGUAAUUCUUAACUUCUUUAUCAUGCCAAGAAAAAACAAAACAAAACAUUAAACUUGUUACAGACUGGCACAUAAGAGGCAAUAUAUACCCAUACUAUACAAAAGCAGUUUUUAUUGAUGGAGCAUGUCAUACAAAGUCCAUAAUUUAAUAUGGGAUCAUUCCUGUCUUUGAUGGCAGUUUGGAGUAAUUUAUUUAACCCCAUCAUAAGACCAAUAGUUUAAUAUAGCCAGACCCCUGCUUGGGGUCUCAGAAUGGGGGAUCCUGUUUUAAAAAGUGGCUAAUGACCAAUAUUUGAUUAGCCUAGUAUUUUUUUUAUUAUUUUUUUUUUUUAACAUUAUUUUUUAACAUUAUUGCUGAAUUUGUGGUGACAGUAAUGGGCUACAUUUCCCUUAAAGCCUCCCAGAUUUGGUAGAAUUGUACUUCAGAGAAGCUUUGCAAAUGGGCAUUUUGCCAUUUUGUAAUAUAUUAAAAUACAAAGAGGACCACUUGGAUCUUGAUGCAAGUGAAAAUGAUCACUUCUGCAAGAGAUUUAAUUAUGGUUUACUUACACAGUAUAUUUAAACCUUUUUUAAAGUUUAAAUAAAAAAGAUCAAUUGAUCACUAAUUAUGCAAAUUAAUAGUUUAGUUCAUGCAAAUUAUGUGAUCAUUGCAAAGCAUAUAUGUCACUAAUACUACUGUGUCUAAACCAGUCAGACAGAUAUUGAUGAGAGCAGAGCAUAAAACCUGAGAAUGCAUAACCACUAGUUAACUGCAAAUUCAUUUAACCAACAAAAGAAAUGGUAAACAUUUUCUAACUGUGUUCACAGUCAGGAAUGACACAUUGCUCUGAUAAAUGAUGGAUUUCACAUGAAAUGUUCCUUCAAAGCGGCCUAGUUAGUUUUUGUCCAACAGAGGGCGCGGUAGUUCUGAGGAGCCAAGGAGCCUCCUGCAUUUGUCACUUGCGUGUCCAUUUGACAUCAGAUUAAAGAUUGAAACAGGACUGCUUGCUGAUACUAAAGUUUCCUACAUACCCAAUAUUUGGUUACCUAUUCUUGCUGAAUUAAAGUUUCUUGCUGUAGCUGAAGGGCUCUGUAGACAUUUGAUUCCCUCUGCACAAGCUUUAAAAGUGUAAACUACUGUAUUACUGCUCUCAUGGUUUUUCAGUUUCUUGGAAAUGUAACCAAAGCUGAUACAAAGACUGUUAACAGGCACCGUUGUUACUGUGUAUAUAGACCUAUUGUUUUCCUUUAAUUUUGCUACGUUUACUUUUGCUUUAAGUUAAGAAUAAUGAAUGUCAUUAAGCAUAAAAAGACAUAAAGAGGAUUAUCUUCCGUCUAUGUGGCUAGCUGCUAAAAUAAGUCCGUGGUUUGUUUGAACGUUUAUUUUUACUGUUGUUUUUAGGUCCAUAAACUAACUCCCUAACCAGUGUCUCAGUGUUUUAGAUUAUCUUGGGGGGGAAAAAUAGAGAAAAAGAUUGGCAACAUGGACAAAUGCAUUCAAUAUCUUAUAUUGUAUGCCUACCUGUACAUGUAAUCAUCUUGUUAAUUUACUUUGAGCUCCAAUUCAUCUUUUAUCAUGCCAGUAUUUUUAGACCACACUUUUUGAUACUGAACAUUUUAUUUUGAGAUACAAAACUUACAUUCCAAAAAAAAUUAUCUGCAUCAACAUUUUUAUUUUUAGAACUUGCAUUAAAACUACCAUGUACUGUAUGUCAUAACUGACUUGUAACAAUCAUAGAUAAUAUAUUUAAGUCAUUGUAUGUAUUAACUUUGUGUCUUUUGAGGGGUUUGAUUUUUCCUUAUUAAAAACAUUAUAUUCGGUGAACCGA